AGUAUUGGAACAGUUACUAUACUUGUUCGUCGUGUUGGAGACUUGAAUCAACGAUCAAAAGGAGAACUGACCUACCAGAUACUAAGCCCAGAGGAGGCAACAGUUGGGGAGGAUUUCGUGGACUUUGGCCCAAUUUUACUGGAUUAUCGUGGCGGAAAUAGACAAAUUGAUGUUCUGGAGUUCCAGAUAACAAUCCAGGAUGAUGACAUUCCUGAGCCU